UUCCCAGGCUUUUAUUUUGGUAGCUAACCGGAAUCACGGGGAAAUCGUCUUCGGUUAGCCUCGGCCACUUUCGGUCGGUAAGAUGACGUCAUCCUGAAGUCCUAUAAAUGCGGGUGUUCCCCUCACGGCUUACUUUCAGCGCCCCAAGACUGGACUAACGGGGUCCGGCAGUGUCCAGACAGGACCAGCGCAGAACCACACCGGUCCUCCGGGUUCUGACCGGUGUUUCCCGGCACGAGCUUCCCGCCGCAUUUCUAGAACCGAUUAGCGGUCAGUGAGUCCAGCUCCCGUCCGGCUUGGCAGCGGUCCCGACUCGCGAUUUUGCUUGAAGGCAGUUUGUCCGGUGAGGGAGGCGCUAUGGAGUUCCGGUGGAGGCUGCCCCGGUGUUCCCUCACGGCGAGGUAACGGGAGCCGGAAGGGACCGCCUCACACGCACGCGCGCGUGCGGCAGCUACCUGUUGCCGGUGGUCGGUGGCGCAGAGAAGAUGAGGAGCUCCGCCGGGCUGCCGCCGCUGCUGCUGCCGCUGCUGCUGCUCAGCGGCCGUGCUGCCUUCACGGCCUGUCGGUCCCUGAAUGCAGCGCAGGACCGGCGCGUGUCCGCUCCGGACGGUACCGACGGUCUCACCACUGCGGCGGCAGGCGCGGACAGACGGCGGCGCCCCCUGCUGGCGAAGACCCGCCCCUUCAUCCUGGUGGACGGACGGAGACGCAGCCUGGCUCAGGCUCUGCAGGACGGCCACCCCGACAUGCUGCAGGGGGCGCUAGAGGUCGGAGGUCGCGUCCUCCUGCUGGACCUGCAGAAGAACCAUCGCCUGCUCCCCAAACCCCCCAACGUCUUCCUCUACCUCCCCAACGGCACCGGGGUGUCGGUGCCCGCUGACCCCGUGACUCACUGCUAUUACCACGGCAACGUGCGAGGUUUCCCGCAGUCCAGGGUUGCUGUGAGCACCUGUUCCGGUCUACGGGGAGUCAUCGCUCUGAACUCCUCCCUGAGCUUUGAGGUGGAGCCUCAGGACCUCCGCCUGCAGGGGGACAAAGGAAAGGAGGAGGGAAGCGGAAGUGGUGCAGGAGGCGAUGAAGGGGAGGUCCACCUGCUUUUCUCCACCGACCUCCUGGAGACCUCCAGCUCCAGAGUUUGUGGCGUAUCUCACACUGCUGGCCCCCCCAUCCACACCCCCCCACACACACGGCGGACGAAGAGGGACAUCCUGACUGAGACCAAGUACAUUGAACUGGUGCUGGUGGCCGAUCAUCAGGAGUUCCUGAAUUACCAGAAGAACAACAAAACCAUCAUCUACCGCAUGCUGGACGUGGCCAACCAGGUGGACUGGUUCUACCGUCCUCUGAAUGUGCGGGUGGCGCUGACCGGCCUGGAGAUCUGGAGUGACCGGGAUAAGAUCCGGGUGGAGAAGAGCGCCACGGACACGCUCAACAACUUCCUGGAUUGGAGAACGCGAGACCUGCUGCCGCGCCUUCGCCAUGACAACGCCCAGCUGGUCAUGGGGGAGUCCUUUGACGGGACCACGGUGGGGAUGGCGUCCCAGUCCUCCAUGUGCUCCAGAGACCGCUCCGGAGGCGUCAACGUGGACCACCUGGUCAGCGUUCUGGGCGUGGCCUCAACAAUCGCCCAUGAGCUCGGUCAUAAUCUGGGAAUGAGACACGACACCGCUGAGCGGCGCUGCUCCUGUCAGAAUGAGCCGCGCCUGGGGGGCUGCAUCAUGGAACCGUCUACCGGGUUCCUGCCCGGUCAGCAGUUCAGCAGCUGCAGCAUCACAGACCUGACCCUCAGUCUGCAGCACGGCGGCGGCAUGUGUCUGUUCAACGUCCCGCAGCCGGACCAGCUGCUGGGAGGACCUCGCUGUGGAAACCUGUACGUGGAGAAAGGGGAGGAGUGUGACUGCGGCCUGCUGCAGGAGUGUGAGGACCCCUGCUGCAACGCCUCCACCUGUCAGCUGGUUCCUGGAGCUCAGUGCUCCUCUGAUGGUAUCUGCUGCCAGAACUGUAAGCUGCGACCGGCCGGAUCGAUGUGUCGCGGGCCGCUCGGAGACUGCGACCUGCCCGAGUUUUGCACAGGCUCCUCCCCCCACUGUCCCCCCAACGUCUUCCUCCAGAACGGCGAAGUCUGCGAGAACAGCACCUCCUACUGCUACGAAGGAGUCUGCGCCAACAUGGACACGCAGUGCCAGAUGCUGUGGGGGCCCAAUGCCACCAGUGCUCCAGCUGUUUGUUUCUCAUCUGUGAACAAACAGGGGAACAAAUAUGGAAACUGUGGUCAGCUGGCCAACGGCUCCUACAUCCCCUGUGGAAACGCAGACGUUCACUGCGGCAGAAUCCAGUGUCAGGGCGGCAGGGAGCGCCCCCUGCUGGGCAGCAACGCGCAGAUCCUCACCACUACCGUGCGCUUCAACGACAGCGACCUGACCUGCAGAGGGACCUUCUUCCACCUGGGUGACGACGUGUCCGACCCCGCCACUGUGGCCCAGGGCACAGCCUGCGGGCCCGGAAAGGCUUGCUUAAACCAUAAGUGUCGUGAGGUGUCCAUGUUUGGCGUGGACGAAUGUCGCAGGAAGUGUAACGGUCACGGGGUGUGCAACAGUAAUAAAAACUGUCACUGCGAUGUGGGCUGGGCCCCUCCUGACUGCAGGUACUCGGGUCAUGGCGGCAGCGUGGACAGCGGUCCCGCCAGAGCUGCUGGAGGGUCGGAUCCAGUCCGAGUCGCCCUGCUGGUCAUCUUUUUCUUCAUCCUCCCUGUGGUCCUCCUCUUCCUCGCUCUUCGCUAUCCCCGUUUCCGCCGGGCGCUCUGCUGUCUGGGACCAAGCAGCCCCUUCCACAAGGCUCGGCAGCACAACCGAACUCCGGUAACAGAGCGAACCGAUGGCAGGAAUGGAGAGCAGGUCCGACCGCUCAGAUACCACCUGAACCCGCCGCCUGACAUACCUCUGACUCCGCCCCAAAAAGAGGCCAAUGACAGACCGGCCCCUCCUAAUAAGCCCCUCCCUCCUGACCCCGCUCUAACCCCUCCAUCAAAGUCGGUUAAACCGCGACCGGCCCCCCCCAGCAAGCCUCUGCCCCCUGACCCCCCCUCCCCCAGCCACCAGGGGCGGGCAAGUCGACCGGCUCCGCCCAGCAAGCCGCUCCCCCCUGACCCAGUUUCAGCUGAACAGGUCUCUGUUCCUCUCAAACCUGUUGUGCCCCCAAAGCCCCGCCUUCCAGCCCCACCCACCAACCCCCAGCUGCCGGCCCACCCGGGCCUCCCGCCCCACCUGGGGUACGCUUCCCAUGGAGCUGUGGCCCCGGCCCCGGGGCCCAGCAGACGACCUCCUCUUCGUCCAAGUCGACCCCCGGCCCCUCCCAAAGCCGAGUCCCCCGUCUGACGGUGAGUGUGGACCCUUUUGGGGACUGGACGCCAUGGAGACAAAGAGGAAGAGGAGGAUUUUCUAUGUUUUGCAGUCAGUUGUUGGAUUGAAUCCUUCAUCAAGUCAGACUGUAAAUAAACAGACUGUCAGUGCCUUGCUCAGCAGCUCCUGCGCAGAGACUGCACACAUUGCUGCUUCCAGGGGCUCCAGUGCGCCCCCUGCUGACAGCCUAGUGCCUUUUUCAAGGACGCCUGAACAAAAUCAAACUUGCCUACAGACGAAGCUCGGGUUCCUGUUCGGGCUGUGGCGCCCCCGAUGGCGGCAGGAGAGAGAGUCCUGUGGGAGCAUCUGUCAGGCAAACGCAGCGUCAUCGUCCUCACAGAGCAGAGGUUUGUGGGAAGGCUUCAGCCAACCAAAAGACUUCCUGAAGGUGGGAAUGUGAUCAGAAUCCCGUCACAUUUAGCACCGCAGUCAAAAAUGUGGUGGAGAGGAAGUCGAGACGUUUGGAGGAACGAGUCCAAAUAAAGCCGAUCUUUCAACGUUAAAA